AUGGCCGAUGAGGAUCUGAGAUUGCUCAACGUCCUCCAAGGCUUUCCUCCACAAGAUGAUGAACACAGCGAGCUGCGCCGCGCGAUGAGCCGCUCCGUGGCCGACUUUCUGUCAGGUGUCGACGAGGAGCUUGACAUCGAGGGGCCAGCUGACGAAAGAUUUGACGAAACGCCUGAAACCGCCCUGCAAGCAGCGGAGGUGCUACCGGUACCAGCUGCGAGGCCGAAGGUGACGGACUCCUUGGUGAUGGGACGCAUCGUUGCGGCGGUGCUGCAACGGGCCUAUGAAGCCCACAUGGAGGAUCUGCCCUUGGCCAUUUCCAUGGACAGCCCCGAACUUCGAAGGGACGCAGGACAUCCGGUGACGCUUCAGCAGCUUCGCGGCAAGCUGCGUAGUGUGUCCGACAUGUCCGAGGGCGUCCUGAAACAGAGACUGAUCUGGGUGGUGGCCAUGCAUCCACGCUACAGCUUUAUGUGGAACUUUGUCAAGAAGGAGCUCUUUGUGAUUGCUCUUGACAAAGACAUGGAAAGCAGCAUAGCAUCAUCAACACCACCCAAGGACUUGGUGGAUGACUUCGAGCAAGUCUUGUGGAGGAGCAUUGCGGCGAAAGCGCGAAGUGACGCGCGUGACACGGCUGCGGCAGCGGGCAAGGCCAUAGCCUGCCAGAUCCGGCCCAAUCGGCAGCCAGUAAUGUCCAUCUCGCAGUUUGAGGUCCGCACUGGCAUCCUGUUGAAGUUCCAGUACGGCAGGAAUUUGCGGGACACGCCGCGCAGUGACCCGCGGCACAGAGCGAAGAGUCCAGAGCCACAGCAACUGCCACAUGAGUUGCUGGUGCCGAAGGCCAGUCGGCCUCCUCUCUACUACGUCCCAGAGGAUGUGCUCGAGAAGUCGCAGACGGAUCAUCGAAUUUUCCUCGAUUGGAUUUUUACCAACGCGCCUCGCUUCUAUGGCGAUGUAGAAGACCUGGCGACCUUCGCGGCAGCCUUCGCGGACUGCAACGCCUGGGGAGGUGGUUUCCGAUCGCAUGAGGUGGAGGGUUUGGUGGCUGAAGAGUUGGCGGCUUCUGUGCAAGUUCGCUCUCUGCUGGAUGCCAAUCUCCAUCCGAUCCAACCCAUCCGCGACCCCUGGACGGUCGAUGGCGACGGUGGAGAAAGGUCCGCUUUCAACAUGGUUCGACCGCUUAUGUGGGACGUGCAGCGUCAUCAGAACCGACGAAGCGAGGAGUUAGUUGGCCAUUUACAGCGCCUCGGUCCUGGUGCCUUUGGUUCGGUGUCGGUCAGCCAGUCGCUACUGACAACCACACUGCCAUUUGCGCAUCAACUGCUCUGCGUAAGCAGGGGUCAACACCGGCAGUUGCAAUUCCUGCCUGGACCCAUGAUGAAGCUCAUCAUGGAUUUAAGUGCUGACAUCGACGGAGAGACGCUACGCACUGGCGUGGCGGAGUUCAAAAAUAAGGCUCAGGCAGCUUCAAGCCGAGCAGAAACGCCGUCAAUGAUGCCGCAAUGGCAAACGGCCUUACCCGACGAUCCCAUCGAGGAUUGA